AUGGAGCUCGGCACCAAAAUAGCUUUCGCCGGCAUAGACCCUGCCGACCAGGUGGCGGCGCUGCAGCUGCUUCCACCGCCGCCUCGGUCUUGGCGGUUGUGGGGCGUGGCGCCGCUGCCCAAUCCCCUGCAUGCCUACGGCGGCGGCCAUGCCGUCUCAAACUUUACAGCGAAGGACGCAACCAAUGGCGAGCGGCUUGCGUUCCAGGCGGCGGCGCACUCCACCGUGUCCGAGACGGCCGACAUGCUGCGGCUGCACAUGUCCACCGCCGGAGACGGUGCGCGGCUGAGCCCGUGGCAGGGCGGGCGCGUGCGGCUGCUGCCGCCACCGUUGCUGCCGUGCGCCCGGGAACAUCUGUUCCAGAAGGUCCUGACGCCCAACGACGUCGGCAACCUCAACCGCCUGGUCGUGCCGAAGCAGCACGCCGAGAAGCACUUGUUCGUCAAGCGCAGCCCGUUGAUGGCCGCCGGCAUGGGCGUGCUCCUCGACGUCAAGGACGGCGAGGGGAGGACGUGGCGGUUCAGGUACUCGUACUGCCGGAGCAGCCGGAUCUACAUCCUCACCAAGGACUGGAGGAGCUUCGUCCGGGAGAAGGGCCUCCAGGCCGGGGACACGGUGGCGUUCUCUCGGUCGGCGAUCGGGCCGUUCCAGCAGAUGCACAUAGACUACUGGAAGAAGAAGCAGGAGUAUGUCACAGCCGACGACGCCAUUGCCGCCGUCAAUUCCCCUGUCGUCAAGCUGUUUGGCGUUGACAUUGCCAGAAGACGGAGUCCAGAGCUACGGAGUAGCCAGCGGUAG